CGAAGCUGCCUGUUGCACAACAAGUCGACUGUGCUUCCGUGCCCAUCGAGCCGACUUCCAAACGGCUCCAAGAUCCGUCGGCCACAACGGGUGCGAAGAGGAAGCAAAUGCCGACUGGUCCGCCUCCAACGGAUGUGUUUGUCCAGGGUCUUGCGGCUCCGGCCUCGCCCUCGCAGCAACAACCUCUGGACUUGGUCGAGCGCUCCAGCGAGGCUACAGAAUACGACGACGACGUUAUGCGCCGCCAGACUAGUCCCCAACAUUGUCUCCAAGGAGGUGCAAGCGUCGUCGAUGAAGAGGGAGAGGAGGGCGAACUAGCAAAAGCCGGUGGUGAGGAGGACGACGAGGGCAAUGAAGGAGAUGUGGAUGGUGAAGACGACAACAUGAAUAACGACGGGAACGUUGGCGGUGACGAAGUCGAAGAGAAUCGUUUCUCCCACUGUGAGCGACGGCGCAAGGACCACAAUGCAGGCAGGAGUGGCAUGACGACGACACCUUCGACAUUGGUGAUGCACGCGCCGUCUGUGGUCAACCUACAACCUCUCAUGGGGUGUUACAAAAAUAAUAACAUUGUCUGUGACGAGUCGGCCAAGGAAAAUGCAUAUUUGACAAAGUUCAUCGAAAUACUUGUCAAGGAUAACAGAUUCGACUGCCGAUUCGAGAAGCCGCGUUCCACAUAUCGCAACAACAGGGACAUGUACCACAACUUGGGACCAAAGAGAUUGAAGCUGUGGGAAUACCUAUUCCACGAUGCGCCGCAAGGAUGUCUUGACGGGAAUUAUAUAUAUAAGAAAGCAAAGGCAACAGAGACCCUCAAACAUUAUCACGGUGCUCUGACUGGCGCCUUUGAGAUAUUCGUUGCUCGAUGCAAGAUAUUAAAGUUCAAUCUUUACAAAGACCAACUAACGUUCAAGGACUGUGCAGAACUCGCUAAAUGGGGUGAAGGGUUUAACCCUGUCGACAGCGAUGAAGACUCAUCAGACUCCGACCUCGAUAUCGAAAAUGACACUGAUGCAACCGGGAGGCCUGAACAGGGCGUUGCAAUGGACCACGACGUACAUGAUCCAGGUCGUCUCAUGACGCAGGCACACGAUGACGGAACCGCGCGUUCACAGGGAUGCUCCAACUUGCCACUCGCGAACAGUGUAACCUCAAUGGUCGGCCGCGUCGAGUGUACUCCUAUGGAUGCAGAGACUGGGAUGUGCCGCGGCGAUGAAGAAGAUGAGCUUGAUAUACCUGACCAAGCGUUAAAGCUCGCGCCGGGCGAACCGAUUCCUCCCGACUUAUGUCGAGAACCCGGAGCAAAGCGAGGCCGCCAUCAAAGCGAAGGCGAAACAUUUGUUCAAUGUCCUGCGAGACCAUGGCAGUUGGAGUUCAGCCGCAAGUUUUACAAUCUGCCCACGAGCCCCUCACGCGGGUCAAUGGACAGGAAGGUCGAUCACACCGUCGAGGCCAUGGAGGUGAACGUCUCUCCAAAUGUCAUGCUUUUGUCUGCACUGGCCACAGGGGACACGAAGGCUGAGCAGAGGGAAGAUGACAGGAUAACUUCCAGCUUGAAGGUUGCAUUGAUUCCAGAUGUGGAGAUAACGUGUGCGGCGAAAAAGUCCACGACACAAAUAUCCGAACAUGUGCAUAUGUCAAUCAUCGAGCCCUCGGAUGUGGGUGCCACGUACGAAAGUCUCUUAUUGACAGGUGCUCCAUUGGAAGGCAGAUCGGAGAUGGAGUCCGAGUCGCCUGUUGGGAUGAGCAUCGCGGGAUUAUCAUUGCAACCGUCCUCAUGCACUGACAAAGGUGAUGCAUUCUCAUCGCUAACACCACAGAGAGGGGGCGAUGGGGAUGGUGGGAAGGGAAGGGAUGCAGAGGAGUUGCACUAUUCUCGCAAUCUUGACACCUUGACCUCGAGCAUUGAUGAUGAGGUCGGAGGUGAAAAGGACCUGAUCGAUACCGCACGUGGAAAACAUGAUGGGUGAGGYGGGGAAUGGAGUAGAGGGAAAUCAUCCGGCGAUGGAAUUACAAAGUUUCAUUUGCUUCUUUGUA